AUGCCGCGUUCACGAUCGGGCCGUUCGCGUUCACGUAGUCGAUCGGGUAGAACUCCUAGCCGUGUAGAUAGACAGUCCCGCGGUAAAUCGUUGAGGAACGAACAAACGCGCAAUAGGCCGUCACGGGCAACUCGCCGCCGUCAUAGAUCGCGAAGUGAAUCUGACGAUAAAAGGUUAUCUCGUUCGCGUAGUAGGUCAGUAGGUUCUCCCUUUAGUGAAAGACGAUCUCGCAGCAGAUCGCGUCGUAACAAACGUGUGCACAAUCGUCGCGAGCGAGUAUCGCGUCAAAGUACUGAACGUUCUCGGCGACCGCGCAGGCUGUGUUCGGAGAAUCGUGAGCGGAUAUCACGCGGUAACAAGUCUGCUACAGAAGAUGAACGUGAUGAUAAUCAACCUGGGCCUUCGACGGCUCCCGCUACUGCUCCCCCAGGAGAUCCACCUGGAGACGGCAAGAUCGAGUCCUCAUCAAUAUCCACUGAC